AUGAACACCAAAACGAUGCGUCUCCCCCCACGUCGCGUUUUAACGCCGGACAAGCGCAAAGAAAGAGACGGCGUUAUCUCCUCCGUCGCCGAAAAACCGCCGGAAAUCGCCGUGACAAAGCUUCCUCCACCGCUGAAUCUUAAUCCACCGCCAAUUAAUCCCGUUACCAGGAAAUCUUCAAUCGCAGCCGAGCCGGUCGGCUCGAACCAGCUAAUUUUAGCCGGUUACUUGAGCCACGAAUUUCUCAGCAACGGCACACUCUUCGGGGAGCAAUGGAAUCCGGCUCGAGCCCAAGCCGGUCCGUUUUCGGCCCAAUCGGUCGAGCCCAAGAAGCUAAAGCCGAGCCAUACUAUUGAGCCGGAUGAGGAAAGUGAGCCGAAACGGAAGAGGUAUGCAGAGGUUGCUAAUCUUCUACGGGCAGAUGGGGCCCACUUGCCCGGCAUCGUCAAUCCUGCCCAGCUUGCCCGAUUUCUCAAACUGUGA